CUAUGCUAUAAUGGUGAAAUUAUGUUCUGAAUGUUUUUUUCUUUUUCUUUUUUAAUAGAAAAGCAAGUUACGUGUGCCUUACAAUCCCUCAUCUAUGUAAACUACUCUGGUCCCUUCCUCCACCCUUCUUUCUGAUCUAUAAAUACUGGUGUGUUCCUGCGUCAGUUGCUCUUUCAAUUCACCUUUCUUUCUCACGUCUUUGUUUUAGAAAAUGGCAGAAUCUGACUACCUCGACUACACCUGCCCCCUCUGCACAGACAGCCAGCGAGACCCUGUUACCAUCCCAUGUGGAGACACCUUCUGCCUGGAGUGCAUUAAGAUCUACUGGGACCAUUCUGACCACCUCGGUGUGUACAGUUGUCCGCAGUGCCAGAUGACCUUCACUCCUCGGCCCAUACUCAGACGUAACAUGCCCCACGUAGGGAACCCGGAGCCUCGGCCGCCGCUGCGUGAGCUCACUCCGUUUCCAUACUUCAAGCGUGAUGCGCUGUGUGAUUUCUGUACCGGUCGGCGGAACAAAGCAGUGAAGUCAUGUCUGAUGUGUCUGGCUUAUUACUGUGAGACUCACAUCAAGCCCCAUUACGAAUCAGCCACAUUUAAACGACACAAACUGGUGGAUGAGACGGGACACCUGGAUCGUAAGAUCUGCCCUCAGCAUGAAAAAGGCUUAGAGCUUUUCUGCCGAUCAGACCAGAUGUGCAUCUGUGUGCUGUGUACUGUAAGAGAACAUCGCAGCCACAACAUAGUCAGCGCAGAUGAUGAACGCACAGAGAAACAGAAAGUCUUGGUGGCAACUCAGACAGAGGUUCAGCACAUUAUCCAGGAUCGGAUGAAAGAACUUCAAGAACUCAGACACAAUGUGGAUGUUCUCAAGGGAAAUGCACAGCGGGCUCAGACUGACAGUGAUAAAAUCUUCAGCGAGAUGUUACAGGCGGUAGAGCGCUGGCAUGCUGAGAUAAGCCAACUCAUACAGGCCAACCUACAGGCCUCCAUGGCUCAGGCACAGGGUUACGUAGAGAGACUUGAACAAGAGAUCAUGGAGCUUCAGAAGAGAGAUGCUGAACUACGUCAAAUAAUUGAUACAGAGGACAACAUUCACUUCCUACAGAAUUUUCCCACACUAUCUGUUGCACCGGAGCCCAUGGUGCCCAAAGUGCUGAUAAACCCAGAGUUUUCCUUUAGUGAGAUCACCAAGACUGUCUGUGACAUGAAAGAACACCUGGAUGACAUCUGCAAAAAAGAGCUGGGAAACAUCUCCAAACGAGUGAGCGACACCUCAGUCUAUAUCCUGAUUCCGAGAUCUGGAGGACGUUUGAAUGCUCCGAUAAGAACUGAUUUGCCAGAGCCUAAAACGAGACUGGAUUUCCUCAAAUAUUCUUGUAAACUUACUUUUGAUCUCAACACUGCCUAUAAAGAGCUGGUCCUUUCAGACGGGAAUCGCCGGGUGACCCGGAAAAGAACAACCCAGUUCUACCCAGAUCACCCGGAGCGGUUUGAUGGGUUUUGCCAGAUCCUGUGCAAGGAGCCUCUCAGUGGAAUACGGCAUUACUGGGAGGCGGAGUGGCAUGGUGAAUUUUCCAUUGGAAUUGCUUACAAGAGCAUUAGUCGCAAAGGUAAGAACUCAAACAGCCUUCUGGGAUACAAUGAUAAAUCCUGGAGCCUCCUAUGCUCAGACUCAGGAUGCUCUGCCUGGCACAAUAAGAUGGAUAAAGAUCUGCCAGGUGCAGCUCGUGUCUCACGGAUUGGUGUGUACCUGGAUUACGCCGGAGGAUCUGUGUCCUUUUACUCUGCGUCUGAGACAAUGGAGCUCAUCCACAGAUUUAAAGCCAAGUUCUCAGAAGCACUGUAUGCUGGGUUUGGCGUUGGAUCAUCUGUAACUCUGUGCAUGUUGGAGAAGAACUACCGAACAUACCACUAAUAGAUUCUGGGCUGCACUUUGACCCUGAGCUCUUUCAGACAGAAUCUUGGAAGGGUGAACAGUCAAAUAGGCAAAAUUUAAAGAAUCAUAUUGAAUUUAAGACCACAUUUUGUGGUGGUCUCACAAAGACGUUUCAAGGUCACAAUUUGCCAUCAAGAAAAAUUCUACUAUUAGGAUUCUUUGCAUUGUGACUAUUAGUAUUUUCAGCAGAAUUAGGCUCAUUUUACCCCCCAACUCUUAUUACUGUAAUUCAAAAUACAUCCCUCAUUCUUACAUACUGAUACUGCCUUUUAAAAUCAAUUGGUAAUUAAAAUAAUGAAGACACUGUGUUUACAGUCCUCACAGUCUUGAUGUAAUUUCAUGUCAACCAUUAAAUGUAGCGCUAGAAAUGAGAAUUAUCAUUUAAAUAGAAUGGAAAUGGGAGUUAAAAUGGGACUUUUCUUAACCAUUUUUGUGAGAUUCCUUUUGUGAGAUUGAUUGUGAGCAGUAAAUAUGUUUAAAAAUAAAUAACAAAGCAGGCUAAUGAAUUAAGUGUCAUGUCAAAACCUGCAGCCAAUCAAACUUAAUACACAUUCUGCAAUCUUUGGGUAUACACUCUAAAAAAAAAAAAAAUGGUGCUAAAUAGCACUAAAAGUGGUUCUUUGGCUCUUAAUCAUAGGGGAACCACUUUUAGUGCUAUUUAGCACCGAUCUUUACAGGUGCUAUAUAGCACCUUUUGUCAAAUGGUGAUAUGUAGAACCAUAAGAGGUGCCAUAUAGCACUUUAUUGCAGUGGUUCUUUGGCUUGUUAUCAUAGGGCAACUACGGCACAUAUUCUUAAAGAUAAGCUUAAUUGCACAUUUGUCAAAAUGUGUUACACAGAACCAUUAGAGGUGCCAUACUGUAUAUGACUACCAUAGAUGAGCCAAUAUGCUUCUAAAUUACACUUUUAUUUAAGAUGAAUGAUAACUAAUCAUUUCUUACCAAAUUGCAGGUUUAAAGAUUCAAAUUCCUGUACUAAAUGCUUACUGAGAAACAAAAUACAUCCCACUUUCAGAACCUUUUAAUUAAUUUCUUUCAGCAGCAAAUAAAAUGAGUGCUGACAAGCCAGGGAAUAUGCAUAUACAACAUCACAAUAUAUGGGGAGUUGUUGUGUUAUACACAUACAAAAUAAUGCAACAAGCUUGAAAUAUAUAAAUUU